AUGUCGUGGACGGAACGCGGGCGCGGCGGCCGAGGCCAUGGGCGCACCGGCGGCCGAGUGAUCGCGCAGCAGUACACGAAUCACUUUGCCCAAAACACUGGAUCCAGCGACUCGACCUCUGAGCGCAGUGAGAGCGGCGAGAGCAGGCUCGACGAGGAAGGUGCUGGCAGCGAUGGCGACAAGAACGCCAGCAGUGAAGGCGACGAGGACGGCAGCAGCGACGAGCAGGAAGCAUCCGCCGCCGACGUGGUGGACGCGAUAAAGGAGUGUGCUGUGACCACGUCGACGCGCCACGUCCAGUGCGGCACGGCCAAACCAGCGUACAGCACGACGUACUUGCUCGAGAGCGAGAGAGGCCAGCCGGCCCUCAUCAUCGGCUACAAAUCCAUCUCGAUGAUGGACGCCUAUGCGCACAAGUCGGUGGAAGAACUGCGCUUUGAAGACUACCUCAAGCGCACCGAUAAGGAGGCGGCGCUCGCACAAGCCACGAUCGUGCCGCAACCCGCCGAGAAGAAGCCGUUUGCCGACACCCACAUGGUCGCUGCUUCCUCACACAGCGCGUCGCCGCCCAGUGGCCAAGCCAACGCUUUUGCAGCGACACCCGCGUCUUCGACCGGUGGUUUCUCGUUUGGCGUCAGCGACGGGUGGUUUCUCGUUUGGCUCGUCGUCCGCGCCGACAACGACAACGACAACAGCACAGCCGUCGGCAUAUUCGUUUAGAGGUGCCGCCACAGCUUCGUCCAGCUCGACAACUGGCUUCUCGUUUGGUGCUGCCCCCCAAUCCUACUUUGGCUACCCGCCAAGAACAGGCUUCUUUGGUGGAUCUUCAUCGGCG